GGAUGCAGCAGCAGCACUCUGCAUCCUCAGUCCCAUCUUCACCUUGCCCUGUUUUCUUACCAAGCACCUGCAUUUAGAUAGAAUCACAGACGAGAAGAGACCGGCUUUUUCUGUAAAUAGGCAUUGUGGAUAAACCGGAAAGAAACUAAUUCUAUGGCUCCUUGUGUGAUCUAGAUUGCGUUUGUUGAUCCGUUGUUGCAAAUCUCUCUCGAAGCCAUUUGGGUAAGUGACCCUUUUGUCGUCCAAGCUGAUGCUGCUGGAGAAAGGCAAAGGGAGAUGUGGGGUUUUGGCUUAGAAGCUUUCUUGGUUGAUUUGCAGAUACUCCUGCUCAAUCCGGUGAUGGGUUUUGGUAAGUUUUUCUGAUUGGCAGUAACUGACCCCCGAGGUUGUGCUUUUGCAUAGUUUUCGCGUUAUUGUUUUAUGUUCUUGAACUAUGGGAAAAGAGGGUAAGGACUUUCAAUGCUUAUGUUGAAAACACAAGCUUAGUAUUCUCUGCGAGAGCUCUCUUGUUGAAGAAUCAGUAUUGUUUCUGAUAUUUUCUCAUGGGUUGUCAAGGACAAGUAGUUAAUUCAGUCAAAUGCAGUAGCCAGAUUAUUUUUCAAGCUGUUCGGUGUUAGUGAGGAUUCUGGUUAUUUUAUUGAAAAGCUGUUUUGGGGUUAAGGAAUGGAAGUUAGCAGCUGUUUAAUGAGAGAUUUUCUCAUCUGGGUCUUGAAGAUCAACGCAAGGAAAGCUGGAUUUCUAAGAAAAACCUUUAUGUUAUUGUUCAUUUCAGAUUUCUGGUGGUUAGUUUCAGGUCUAGGCUCCAUGUCUUCCAUUGCCAUAUCUUAUGGUGAGUUUGGUGCUGUUUUCUGUGGCCUAAAGUCUGAUAAGUCUCACCAAGUGACUUGUUAUGGAUCAAACUCAGCCAUAAUCUAUGCAACUCCUGCUCAUUUCCCAUUUGUGGGUUUAACUGCUGGUGAUGGUUUUGUUUGUGGGCUUUUAAUGCAAACUGAGCAACCCUACUGUUGGGGAAAUAGUGGUUUCGUUCAAAUGGGCGUGCCCCAGCCAAUGAACAAAGGGUCUGAGUAUGUAGAAAUCAGCGCAGGUGAUCAUCAUUUGUGUGGGUUAAGAAAACCUUCGAGUGGUAGGCUUGGAAACAUUUCUCAUGUUGAUUGUUGGGGUUACAAUAUGACAACGAGUUAUGCAUUUGAUGGGCACCUCCAGUCAAUCUCUGCUGGUUCAGAGUUUAAUUGCGGAUUGUUUUCACUGAAUAGAACCGUUUUCUGCUGGGGUGAUGAGACUAGUAGCCAGGUAAUUAGCUUAAUACCCCAGGAUAUGAGGUUUCAUAAGAUUGCAGCUGGUGGGUAUCAUGUUUGUGGGAUCUUAGAGGGGGUGAAUUCCAGUGUGUUUUGUUGGGGAAGGAGCUUGGACUUCGAAGACGAAAUCUCCGUUCCAUAUCCAAGUCGAGGAAGUGUCGAUUUGCCUCCAACUUAUCCGAUGAUGUCAAUUGUGGGAGGAAAGUUCCAUGCUUGUGGGAUCAAGAGCAAUGACCGUGGAGUGAUUUGUUGGGGCUUCCGUGUCAAGAGAAGUACAUCAGUUCCUGAUGGCAUGAAGGUUUAUGAGAUUGCAGCUGGAGAUUACUUCACCUGUGGAAUUCCUGCAGAGAAAUCUCUGCAACCCAUUUGUUGGGGUCUUGGUUUUCCCUCCUCUCUCCCUCUAGCUGUGUCUCCCGGAGUCUGCAGGCCGAGUCCUUGUCCACCUGGUUACUACAAAUUUAACCAUGAAAAUUCGACUUGUAUGUCUCCUAAUUCUCAUGUUUGCGUGCCUUGCAGCAGUGGUUGCUCUGCUGAAAUGUACCAGAAAUUUGCAUGCACCGCAAAAUUUGAUCGACAGUGUGAAUUCAACUGUUCAAUUUGUUUCUCAGAGGAAUGCAUCUCAAAUUGUUCUUUUUCUAAUAAUGCCUCUACUGACAAGAAGAAUGGAAAGUAUUGGUCACUCCAAUUGCCAGUGAUUAUUGCAGAGAUUGCUUUUGCUGUGUGUAUGGUGACUGUUGUGUCUUUGACUGCAAUUUUAUAUAUUCGCUACAAGUUAAGAAACUGUCAAUGUUCAGAAAAAGAUUUGAAAUGCAAGAAAAUUAAUGGGAGUGGUUCUUCUUCACAAAAGGAUAAUGGUAAAAUCCGACCCGACUUGGAUGAGCUUAAAAUAAGAAGGGCUCAGAUGUUCACUUAUGAUGAACUUGAGAGAGCAACUGGUGGCUUCAAAGAAGAAUCGCAAGUGGGAAAGGGUAGUUUCUCCUGUGUCUUCAAGGGGGUUUUGAAUGAUGGGAAUGUAGUUGCAGUUAAAAGGGCCAUUAUGUCCUCGGAUAUGAAAAAAAAUUCAAAGGAGUUCCAUACAGAACUAGAUUUACUAUCGAGAUUAAAUCAUGCUCACUUGCUCAAUUUGCUUGGCUAUUGUGAAGAAGGCGGUGAGAGGCUUCUGGUUUAUGAGUUCAUGGCUCAUGGUUCCUUGCAUCAGCAUCUUCAUGGGAACAAAGCCCUUAAAGAACAGUUAGAUUGGGUCCGAAGAGUCACUAUUGCUGUCCAAGCAGCUCGGGGAAUCGAAUACUUGCAUGGAUAUGCUUGCCCUCCUGUGAUUCACAGAGACAUCAAGUCCUCAAAUAUUCUCAUUGAUGAAGAGCACAAUGCCCGUGUAGCCGAUUUUGGUCUCUCAUUGUUGGGACCUGCUGACAGCGGCUCUCCUUUGGCUGAACUCCCUGCUGGGACGCUUGGGUAUCUUGAUCCAGAAUACUAUAGACUGCACUACCUCACUACCAAGUCCGAUGUCUACAGCUUUGGUGUUUUGCUUCUGGAAAUUCUCAGCGGUCGCAAAGCCAUUGAUAUGCAAUUUGAAGAAGGGAAUAUAGUUGAAUGGGCAGUUCCACUCAUCAAGUCUGGAAAUAUAUCAGCAGUUUUGGAUCCAGUUUUGAAAGCCCCAUCUGAUCUUGAAGCUCUGAAAAGAAUUGCAAAUGUGGCUUGUAAGUGCGUGAGAAUGAGAGGGAAGGAGAGGCCAUCGAUGGAUAAAGUGACAACAGCUUUGGAGCGCACACUCGUGCUAUUGAUGGGCAGCCCAUGCAAUGAGCAGCCAAUCCUACCAACCGAGGUGGUUUUGGGAAGCAGUAGAUUGCACAAGAAAUCCUCCCAGAAAUCCUCUCAGAGAUCUUCAAACCAGUCGGUCUCUGAAACAGACGUGGCGGAAGGUGAGGAUCAAAGGUUCGAGUUCAGAGCUCCUUCUUGGAUAACUUUUCCAAGUGUUGCUUCCUCUCAGAGGAGGAAGUCCUCAGUUUCAGAAGCAGAUGUUGAUGGGAGGAACCCUGAAGUGAAAAAUCCCGGUCCGGGCAGUUGCGUUGACGGGUUGAGGAGAUUGGAAGAGGAAAUUGGGCCUGCAUCACCUCAGGAAAACUUGUUCUUGCAGCACAACUUCUAAGAACCUUGAAAGACUGCAGAGGGGUUUAAAUUGCUAAGGGAAUGUUUGGGAUGACUUAUGAAAAUGACUCGCAACUCAAACGACCAACUUUUUUCUUAGCAACCCAGAUGAGAAAAAGUUAUUUGCUUGAGUUAAAAGUCCCAUAAAUUGCUUUUGUAAGUCAUCACAAACACCCCCUUUUAUGUGGGCAGGUUGGGUUUUGGUUCAAAUUCUGCAGGAAAGUGGAUUCUCGGCAUAAUCUCAUUAGUCUGAAUAGUUGCAAUAUUCUUUUGUGUGUAACAUUGGUUGUAACUUUUGAGUUGCAGUUUGUGUUCAAGUCUGAUUUGAAAAAAAAAAAGAAGGGAAAUUGGCUAUGUGUUGUAUGUUACUGAUUUUCUGUCUGACUGCCAUUGUGUAACAAAUGUCAAUCUCUGAUAAAUGGAGGACAAAAUUUUCUUC